UGAAGAACGCGGCGCUUUAGAGCGCAGCACGAAGGUCUCGACUUGCUGCAAACGGAUUGACUUUGUGUGGAACUUCAGCUGGUGGUGUGUGUGUGUGUGUGUGUGUGUGUGUGUGAGUGAGUGAGUGUGUGGAGUCUGCUCGGAGCACGCGUCUGUCUGCUGUACUGGCUGUUUUGGAGAAGGUCAUGGCGCGGAUGCGCUUGUGAGGAAUUAGCGCGCGCGCUUGGUGAUUUUUUUUAUUUUACGGGAAAAUUAUUGUCGUAUUGUUUGUUAUUAUUAUCGGAAGGAUGGAUUUAUGGACACCCUGAGAGCACUGAGCUGCUGCGGGACUCGCGAGCACACCCUCAGCCUGCCAUGGUUACGCACACGCGUGUCGGACACGCUGGGCUUCUGGGUGUCAUUUUGUUUCCACUCGCCUCUCUUUGAAGAUCUGAGAAUCCGACAUGCUGCUUUGAUCGGGACAACUUCUGAAGGUCGAGCUGUUUAUCCUCUCAUUCCACACUUGUUGUUAUAUAUUUUUUUCCUUCAACUUACUCGCGACGAUGACGAAUGGACCUGAUCCUCCUCCUGCGUAUUAUAUCGGCAUGGAAGUGGUGAUCGCUCUCGCCUCCGUCUUGGGGAAUGUGAUGGUGGUUUGGGCGGUGAAGAUAAACAGGUCGUUAAGGGACACGACUUUUUACUUCGUGGUCAGCUUGGCGCUGGCGGACAUCGCUGUCGGGGCUCUUGCCAUCCCCUUGGCGAUAACGAUCAGCACCGGGCUGAAGACGCACUUUUACAGCUGCCUGAUGGUCGCCUGCAUUAUGCUCGUCCUCACUCAGAGCUCCAUCCUCGCUCUCCUCGCCAUCGCCAUCGACCGCUACCUGAGGGUCAAGAUCCCACUCAGCUACAAGCGAGUGGUGACACCGAGGCGAGCUGGGACAGCGGUAAUUGUUUGCUGGCUGUUGGCCCUCAUCGUUGGCUUGAUUCCCAUGCUCGGCUGGAACAACCUGGGGAAACUCAACCAAACCAACAACUCUCAGGGACCCGACAUGGUCACCUGCAAGUUCGAGAAAGUUGUCAGCAUGGAGUACAUGGUCUACUUCAACUUUUUCGGCUGUAUGCUGCCUCCGCUCGUCCUCAUGCUCGUCAUCUACUUCGAGAUUUUCUACAUGAUCCACAAGCAGCUUAACAAGAAUCUCAAUAAGGCAGCCAGCCAAGCUGAUCCCAGACGUUAUUACGGAAAAGAGCUCAAACUGGCCAAAUCUCUCGCUCUGGUGCUUUUUUUCUUCGCCAUUAGCUGGUUACCCCUGCACAUACUGAACUGCAUUACACUGUUUUUUCCCGAACAUAAAAAUGUGAACCUCAUCUACGUGGCCAUCUUUCUUACUCAUGGCAACUCGGCCGUCAACCCGGUCAUAUACGCUUUCCGCAUCAAGAAAUUUCGUGUUGCUUUCAUCAGGAUCUGGGAGCACUAUGUGUGCUGCAAGAAAAGGAACCGGUUGCCCAGUAAAGCCACCCGACGAAAGGACUGUCCGGAGAUGCGACGAAACAAUGACAUUUGACUAAGCGACAGUAGGAAAACAAACAUAGCUGGCCAAAUGGAUUAUUCUAGUAAAAUACUUACUGUACAGUAUGUACAAUAACUUUUACUAACAAUAACAUCCAGGUCUGAGAUCCUGGGAUGCCAUGACUUAUAUUUCCUCGCAUGAGGAUAUUCAGAUGAAGCAGCAUAUUGUCUAAACGUGUGGUGAAAAUAUUUACAUUACACAGGAGGAAAAAGUGCCAUAAGUCCAUAACUGCUUGUGUUGGUGGAGAAACUACAUGCUGUACAGCACUGGCAUCUGUCGAUCGUGUUUGUCUGUGAUUCUCCAGUUUUAAAUGAGAUUUCCAAGCUUUAUAAGAACAUCAACUUUUAAAGUGCUUAUAGUCACACCAGGCCUUGCACAGAUCAGGACAUGGGUCCGUAUUUAAUCUUUAAAGAAAUUACACUGUAGCAUCAAUCAUGCAGACGAGUGUAUGUGUAUGAAUUGGGAUUAAGUUUCCUUUAAGAAGGCAAAUUUAAAUAAAUAAAAUGUAAGUCAAGUCUUAACUGUCCUAACGCAGUACUGUUAUAUAAUUUGGAUUUAAUUGUUUUUACAAGUUACUCAUCUCAACGUGUUAUGGCAACCACCGGAAAAUUAAUGUGAACUUCUGAUAUGUGAAAGUGUAGACCACCCACGUGAUUUCUGAUAUUUACAACGCUGUAAGCAGAAAAACAUAAGUUAACUGUUCGAUAACAGGCAAAACAUAACCAUGAAUUAUUCUGGUUUGAAACAUACUAAUAAAGCCCUGAUAGUGUUUUUAGUAA